ACCGUGUGGUUCGUCUGCUAGCGGUAUUUCUCCCGGCCGUAAAGGGAGGCUUUUUUGUGACUUUAGCAAACAUACUGUCAAAAUUGAACAAAAAUGAAGGUUCAAUUAUCGUUAGCAACAAUAGGAUUUUUCCUAGUAACUAUCUGUUAUGUUGAUUGUCAAUAUCGAACGAAAAACAGCCAAAAUUUUCCAUUAGCUGAACGUGUGCAGGCGCUAAUGAAGAUGGCACAUAAUAAUCCAGUGCUUAAAUUCAAUGGUCCAAAGUUCAAGGAAUUUGUGAAAGCAACACCAAGAAACUACUCGGUUAUUGUCAUGUUUACCGCAAUGGCACCCAGAAGGAAAUGUCAAAUUUGUCCAUAUGCUAAUGACGGAUUUACAAUUGUGGCCCAUUCGUUCCGUUACUCUGAUGUUUAUUCUAAUAAACUGUUCUUCGCGACGGUCGAUUUUGACGAAGCUACAGAUGUUUUCCAAAUGUUGAAACUGGAUACGGCUCCGGUAUACAUGCACUUUCCACCAAAAGGCAAACCAAAAGCAGCCGAUACAAUGGACAUUCAGCGAGUCGGCUUUUCCGCAGAUGCAAUAAACAAAUGGAUUGCAGAACGCACUGAUAUACAGUUCCGACUUCUACGUCCACCCAACUGGACCGGAACUGCAGCCGGUGUUGUACUCCUCAUCCUCAUUGGAGGAUUCCUCUAUCUCAAGCGGAAUAAUUUGGACUUUAUUUACAAUAAGACGAUAUGGGGUUUUGGUGCCUUGUUUUUCACGCUCACUAUGGUCUCCGGUCAAAUGUGGAAUCAUAUUAGAGGACCUCCCUUCAUUCACAAAUCGCCCAACGGAAUGGUUGCGUAUAUACAUGGCUCAUCUCAAGGUCAAUUCGUUCUUGAGACGUAUAUCGUCAUGGUGCUCAACGGUGCUGUGGUCUUGGGAAUGAUCCUGAUGACAGAAGCGGCAACUCGCAAGGGUGACGUUAAAAAGCGGAGAAUCUUUGCAAUAAUAGGCCUCGGUUUGGUAGCCGUAUUUUUCAGUCUGCUCUUGUCGAUUUUCAGGAACAAGGCUCAAGGUUAUCCGUACAGUCUGCUCUUCAAAUAAAAGAGGAGUUAGCUCACGAGAGCGAUGAUGCUUUUCUUCACAUUCGUAUUCACGAAUUAGAACAUGGGAUAAUCGUUGAACAUUCCGUGUCAAUUUUUUUUCUCGAAAAUUUCGAGAACCGGCGCGAGUUUGUAAAUAAAUUUCAUAUUCGCAAAUCCCAUGAGGUUAUACACAGUUCUCGCUCCACAGUAGGGACGACCCAAUUUCUCGUUCAAAUACUUCCAUGCCAGCAUCGGUGAACAAUCAACACGAAUAUAUCGAUAGAAUAACGAAUCGAUCCUGUUUGUUUGUACAGACCAUUGAACGAAUGUAAACAUUUUGAAGAAUUAAGCAAGCGUUCGAAAGGGAAACUAAAUUCCGACGAUUAUCGUACACUUUUUCUUGUUACAAUAAAUCUUCUAGUUGUA